GCAUGGAAAGUUUCUCACAUCAGACAAGACUGAGGAUUGAGGCAUGUCCAGUGAGGAACAUUUAGCAUGUCUUUAAAAUUUGAGUUGUUUUAUUAGUUGUUGUGUCAGUGAUAACUGUGGUGGCCAGACUCUUAUCUCCUGCGGCAGAUCUUUGGGCCAAAUCAGUGGGUAACGCAUAAAUAACCUUAUGCCGUAACUCUGCAGGCCACAUGACUGUGCAAAGGUUGUGUGGGUUUGGAAAGCUAAUAUAAUGGCAGAGCCAGAAUGAAAAGGAGAGUGUAAAUUCAUAAGACUCAAUUUCAUCAUGUGUGCAUCUGUGGCUCUACUCUUGGUGGCUGUUUUGCUCUUCCUGUUCCUCUUUCAGACCCACAGAGCCAAAAAUUUCCCUCCAGGCCCCCGACCUAUCCCCAUCUUUGGGAACUUGCUGCAGCUCAGUCUGGAGAGCCCCAUUGCAGAUCUGGAGAGGCUGGCCAAACGCUAUGGUAACGUCUACAGCCUUUUCAUUGGUUCCAGGCCUGCUGUCAUCAUCAAUGGGCUGCAGGCCUUGAAAGAGGCCCUGGUCAACAAAGCUGCUGACUUCUCUGGCAGACCACAAGACCUAAUGGUCAAUCAUGUUGUACAAAUGAAAGCUCAUGCUCCCGGAGUGAUUCUAGCUGAUUAUAACCCUGGCUGGAGAGAGCAACGGCGCUUUGGUCUGAUGACCCUGAGAAACCUUGCUCUGGGGAAACAGUCCAUGGAGCAGAGCAUUCUGGGAGAGAUAGAUCACAUCAUAAAGCUAUUGGAGCAGAGUGUUGGUAAGACCAUGAAUCCACACCUGCUGUUCCACUGUGCAGCCUGCAACGUCAUCUGCCAAGUUCUGUUUGCUCGGCAGUUCGACUAUGAGGAUGAGUUCAUGAAGUUUUUUGUUGGCUUUUUUCAUGAGACUUCCAAAAUAAUCAACGGGCGCUGGGGUAUGAUAUAUGACUCUAUUCCUCUAGUGCGCAACCUACCACUGCCCUUCCAGAGAGCCUUUAAGAUGUUCAAGAUUGCACAUGUAAGACGUUUGGAGGUGUUGGCUGAAAACAAAAAGACCCGAAUUCCUGGUAAACCACGGCAUUUCAUAGACUGCUACCUGGAUGAACUGGAUAAGAGAGGAGAUGAUGGCUCGUCAUUUUCUGAAGACCAGCUUUGUGCAUUUAUUUUGGAUCUUCACUUUGCUGGGACUGACACAACUGCCAACACCCUGCUCACUGCCUUCCUCUACCUAAUGAACUAUCCACAGAUACAGGAGUGCUGUCAGCAGGAAAUAGACAAAGUUCUGGAUGGGAAGGAUCAAGCCACUUUUGAACACAGACACCAGAUGCCCUAUGUGCAGGCUGUCAUUCAUGAGAUCCAGAGGAUGGCUGACACUGUUCCUCUUAGUAUUUUCCACUGCACCACUAAAGACACAGAGUUAAUGGGAUACUCCAUACCCAGGGGAACCAUUAUCAUCCCCAACCUGUCGUCAGUACUGAAUGAGGAGGGACAGUGGAAAACCCCCCAUGAAUUCAACCCUGAAAACUUCCUCAAUGAGAAGGGAGAGUUUGUGAAGCCAGAGGCCUUCAUGCCUUUUUCUACAGGUCCUCGUAUGUGUCUUGGAGAGGGUCUGGCUCGUAUGGAGCUCUUCCUCAUUGUGGUGACUCUGCUGAGGAGGUUUAAGUUCGUCUGGCCUGAGGAUGCAGGGGAGCCAGACUACACUCUUGUUUUUGGGAUAACCCAGACCCCCAAACCUUAUUGCAUGAAGAUCCAACUCAGAAAAACUAUUCCAAGACAGAGGUCAUCCUAAUACUGUAAUUGGCUUACUGAAACAUUGAACAAAAUUCAACUUUUCAACAUAAAACCACUUUUGGUUAAAGCUGCACUAAUCAAUAUUGUUAUAUGAACAAUGGAUCAAAUGACUAUGUGUAUGUGAAAGGGUUUACUUGUAGUGACGAACCCAUGGAUAAUUUUCACAAACUCUGCAGUUUCCCUUACCUCUACAGCGCUUUAUUGUGUCUUUCAGCUUGUUGUUUUGGUUUUACAGCACACAACAACUCUCGUCAACCUAGUUUCCAGCUAUUCCUAUAGCUAUAGCUAAAUCCUUUAUUUAAACAGGUUGUCUCAUUGAGACCGAAAUCUCCUUUUUUAGAGAGACCUGUGCACAAGAGAACAUAUACAGUAUGAACAUGGACAAAAAAACAGAAAUUCGCACAAACACUCAAUUUACAUAAUCAGAACAGUAUUUACACAUUUAGAAAAACUUGCUUUAGUCUAAUAUUUUAAAAUCAUCAAAAGAAAUUAGAUAUUUUUGUAACUCAUCUUUGUGAGUAGCAUAGUGUUUAAAACCUGAUUUUCCAAGUUCUGUUUGAACACACAGUAUAGACAAAGUUAAAAUAUAGUUGCAGGAGACCAAAGCACAACUAGAAGAAAGUGAAUAUUUCAAUUUGAAUGCUAAUGAAUUCUAAUGUUGCUCCAUGUCUGCUGGAUUUGUAAAGAGGCAACUGUUUGUUUGCAUUUAAGCUAUAGCAGGUUUAUCAUGUGUGUGUGAUGUUCAGCUUGCUGUGGAGUUCUGCCCCAAGUGGCUGUAAUCAAUAUUUUUGUAAUAACAAUGUAUCAAAUGACAAUGUAAAAACAAUGUGAAAGGGGUUGUUCUUUGUGAUUAACCUAUAGAGAAUUGUCACCUGAAUCUGCAGCUCCCCGCUGCUUUAUGUAGCUUUAUAAUGGGUUUCAGCUCAUUGUUUAGCUGUCCAGCCCGCAUCUUUAGUAUUUUGGUUCACUCUCACUGCUCUCAUAGUAUUGUUUUUUGCCAGGCAGCUGUUUUCAGUAAAAAAACUCUUAAAAACCCACUGUACACUAGCUGCUCAGCACCAAAUGGCAAAUAUCCAAAGUUAGCGACUAGCUGCUCAACACAGUAGAGCAUUUAGCUGCUAAAAAGCCAGAUAUUUCCAUUAGGAGUUGUUAGAGGCCAAAAACGGAGCUAAAAGACAGUGAAUAUUGGAUUCAUCAGGUGGCCAGAAACACAACUCUGAAUUAAUGAUAAUGUUGGUCUGUAUCCGCUGGAUGUGUAAAUAACUAGCUGCAUGCUAACAAGUUUGCCAUAUCAACUUAAAAGUUGUAUAUCAGUGUUUACAAAUUGUUUCUGCCACCCUCAAGUGGCCCAAAAAAAUGGAUUAAUGCAGCUUUAAGCAUCACAGAGGAAAGACAAGAAUUUCUAUAAACUACAUUGUGAUCUUUAUUGAACAAAGCUGCUAAUUGUAGUCAUAAUGUAGUUUACAGUUUGUAAAUCAUAGCAUUAUAUUUUAUCAGAUGAAACUAUAAACUCUGAAUCCAAAGAUUUUCUAUUUUUCACUUACAAUCAGACUGAUGUAGUGAUUAUCAUAAAACUUAUUACUCAGUGUUCCCUUGUUACCAGUGUAAAAUUUAAGUUCUAAAAUUAUGUACAUUUUUCAUCAAAUUAACAAAGUUGUGCAACAUCAUGUGUAGGAUGGAGUGUCCACAAUGGAAAAUGUUCAUUGUCUGGGGAGCAUUAAUUUGUCUAAUAAAUUCAGUGUAAAUCUGCCCUUAGAUUUUGAUAUAA